GACUGUCGGAGCAUAAUGGUGGCUUUUAAAGGGAUCUGGACCAAAGACUUCUGGAGGGCUGUGUCUGGAGAAUAUUUGGCCACCCUCCUCUUUGUCCUUCUCGGCCUGGGCUCCACUAUCAACUGGCCUGCAGGGGAGGAGAAGUCUCCCCCAGCUGACCUGGUCCUCAUCUCUCUGUGCUUUGGCCUCAGCAUUGCCACUAUGGUGCAGUGUUUUGGUCACAUCAGUGGUGGACACAUCAACCCAGCUGUUACUGCAGCUAUGGUUGUAACUAGAAAACUGAGCCUGGCAAAGGCUGUGUUCUAUGUGGUGGCUCAGUGCCUGGGAGCUAUUACCGGAGCUGGGAUUCUCCACUUAGUCACACCUGCUGCUGUUAGAGGAUCCCUUGGAGUAACCACGGUGAACUCUAACAUCUCAGUGGGACAUGCCCUUGUUGUGGAGCUCCUCAUCACAUUUGAACUGGUCCUUACUGUUUUUGCAACCUGUGAUCCCAAACGUACAGACCUAGGUGGCUCUGCAAGCCUGGCCAUUGGCUUUGCUGUGGCUAUAGGUCAUUUAUUUGCAAUUCCUUACACAGGAGCCAGCAUGAACCCAGCUCGUUCCUUUGGACCUGCCAUGGUCACACUUAACUUUGAGAACCACUGGGUAUACUGGCUCGGUCCCAUCCUGGGAGGCAUCUUGGCUGCAGGUUUGUAUGAGUACCUGUACUGCCCUGACCCUGAGAUAAAGAAGGGACUAAAACGAGUCUUUAAAAAAGACCAAUCAGGGAAAUACAAGGAGGUGGACACUGAGGACCUCGCCAUCAAGCCAGGUUCAUUCCAUAGCAUCAAUCUAGAGAAAGCUGAGAAAAAGGAUCAUUUCCAGGACUCGACAGGAGAAGUGCUGUCCUCUGUAUGA